AUUUAAAUACAGGGCAGGCUCAGCUGCCCUCCGCAGCUGUUGUACUUCUUAGCAUAGCACAAACUUCAGCUGUCAGUUUGCUGUUAGCUGUGGAGCAGUCAAGGAAAGAAGGCAGGCAGGGCGGUCACUGAUGAGCCUAGCUCCAUCCGGGUCCCUCUUCCUCCGCCUUCUCGGUGACUGACUCGCCUGUUUGUGUAGUGACGUCACUGGGCGCAAGAAUGGCGGCGUUGGUUGUUGAUGGAAGGAGCCCACAUAGCCUCAAACUUUAUUCCUCCUAUUAAUAAUUACAGAAAAUAAAAAGACAACAAACUUUAACCCGCUACAGACAGAAAAACCAUUCAUAACUUUAGCCAGACACAAGUAGACUGUUGCACCAAUCCCAGAAGCCGGGGCUCACUUUUAAAAGAAAUUACCUAUUUUUGUUUUAUUUUUUUUUAUUCAGUUUAAAAGUUUAUUUGUUCCCAGAUCGGCUGGUGUUGUGUUUCGGUGUUUAUUUCCCCGUGCUCUGCUACUUUGAUAUUAUUUUUAUGUUAUAAUGGAAACUUUAACCCUAAGUGAUGUGGAACAGAAAUAUUACUCGGAUUUAUUCGCCUACUGCGACACGGACAACACUAAGAAAGUGGCCUCCAACGGGAGGGUGCUGGAGCUCUUCCGGGCGGCCCAACUACCCAGCGAGUUGGUACUGCAGAUUACAGAACUUUGUGGAGCAAAAAGACUGGGCUAUUUUGGGCGUAGCCAGUUCUACAUUGCAUUAAAACUUGUAGCUGUAGCACAGUCUGGACUGCCGCUGCGGGUAGAAAGCCUAAACACAGUGAAGGAUCUCCCUCUGCCUAGACUUGUAGUGGCAAAAAAUGAACAAGAAUCUAGACACACAACAAUGUACUCUUCAGAUUCUGAAAACCAAGGCACAUACUCGGGUGUCAUUCCUCCACCUGGCAGAAUACCGGUCAAGAAGGUCUCUGGAAGUCAUGAAAUGAUUCAACCUCGUGCACCUACAGCAGAACUACAGCCUGAUUCCACAUCUCCAGUUGUCUCCCCACAUCAGUCUCCUCCAACCUCUCCCCACUCCUGGACAAAGCACAGACGGCAUCCCAGUGGAGGAAAUUCGGAAAGGCCGCCUGCAGCCACUGGGACAGUCUGGACACCCUUCAGAGAAGCACAAUCAGGACAAGUCACUGGUGAUGGGAUGUGGCCCACCCACUCUCCUCCUCCUCUUCAAGAAAGCUGGGUCAGUUUUACAGCUACUCCCCCUUCCAGCACACUUCCAACAAUGCACCCUGCAUCACUCCAGGAGAGCACAACGGUACAAACUGUGGCCUCUGCUGCAACAGCAAAUGAAAUCCGAAGGCAAUCUAGUAGUUACGAUGAUCCAUGGAAGAUCACUGAUGAACAAAGACAGUAUUAUAUUAACCAGUUUAAAACCAUUCAGCCAGAUUUAAAUGGUUUCAUUCCAGGAUCUGCAGCAAAAGAAUUCUUUACAAAAUCAAAACUUCCUAUUCUUGAGCUUUCUCACAUUUGGGAGCUUUCAGACUUUGAUAAAGAUGGCGCAUUAACACUAGACGAGUUCUGCGCUGCAUUUCAUCUUGUAGUAGCCAGAAAGAAUGGUUAUGACCUACCAGAAAAGCUGCCAGAAAGCCUCAUGCCAAAACUUAUCGAUCUGGAUGACUCUGCAGAAGUUGUUGACCAGACUGCUGAAGUGGGCUAUUCAAGCUCCCCAGUAGAAGCGCCUCCCAGUAAAUCGCCGUCCAUGCCGUCAUUAAAUCAGACGUGGCCUGAGCUAAACCAGAGCAAUGAGCAGUGGGAGACUUUUAGUGAACGCUCUUCAAGCUCACAAACUCUGACCCAAUUUGAUUCUAACAUUGCACCAGCUGAUCCUGACACAGCAAUUGUUCAUCCUGUUCCCAUUCGCAUGACUCCCAGUAAAAUUCACAUGCAGGAGAUGGAGCUGAAACGAACUGCUAGCGAUCAUGCGCAUCCUACUAGUCCUCUACUUGCUAACUCUCCUGAACUUUCUGAAGAAAAUAAACUAGUAACCUCAAUACAAUUUGUAGCUGGUAACACUGUAGAUGGCUACAGUAGUUCAGAUUCAUACACGUCAGAUCCAGAACAGAUUGGAAGUGCAGUUACUCGGCAAAGGUCACAUUCAGGUACCUCUCCAGAGGGACUAAAAGCAGUAGCUCCACCUCCACCCCCACCAAGACCCCAUGCCUCACAUUCACGCUCCUCGUCACUAGAUAUGAACAGGAGCUUUGCUGCAGUCACCACAGGACAACAGCAAGCAGGUGUAGUUGCCUACCCUCCCGCUGUGCCUCCAAGACCUCAGCCAACACAGGUUGCAGGACCCCAUAUGCAUCGGUCAGUGGAUGGCGAUGGUGUAGUGGUUCACUCCAGUACCUCACCUCAACAAAUACCUGAACAGCCAAACUUUGCAGAUUUCAGCCAGUUUGAAGUGUUUGCGUCUGUGGCAACAGAAGAGUCAUCUGAUGAAGGUGAAAAUCACUCGGAUGCCGUACAGGCUGACAAACCCAUAGAACCUGCUGGUACCCUUAGAACUGCAAAAGCUGAUGGCCGGGGAGAUGAUAAAGCAACUGUUACUGCAAACACAGCUAAAGGCUCCACGCCUCUUGCUCCUCCACCAAAGCCUGUUCGCAGAAGAUUAAAAUCAGAAGAUGAACUGAGACCAGAUGCAGAUGACCACUCACAGAAAUCAAAUGUUAUAGCUACUGUUCUAGCUACACAACCUUCAAUUCCGAGAUCUGUGGGCAAGGACAAAAAGGCUAUUCAGGCCUCAAUUAGAAGAAAUAAGGAAACAAACACGGUCUUGGCGAGGCUCAAUAGUGAAUUACAACAGCAAUUAAAGGAUGUGCUUGAAGAGCGCAUUUCCCUGGAGGUUCAACUGGAACAACUGAGACCAUUUUCACAUUUAUAAGAUGGAAAAAAAAAAAUCACAAAAAGGCAUUAACGGUCCAUGCCCAUUCCUGGACUUUCAUCUAUAGCUUUGCCACUACCCCCAGCACUAGUUUGUGGUCUUCUGUUCCAUAUGACUGUAUACAUGCAAAUGUUUCUUAAGUACAGAUCACCUGCAUACAGAAAAUAACAUGUUUUGUGGGGGGUAGAGGAAGGAAUGUUAAAAAUGGUUACACUUUUAAUUACAAUAAGGAAAUCUAGGUUACCUUAGGACACGUUCAACUGAAAUUGAACAGGCAUUAAAGUCAGUAUUGUCUGUUUAGGAGUUCUGUGAUGUGGGUUAAGCUGUCCUCAGACUGAAUCAAUAGAGCACAUUAAAACAAGCUGUAGAUGGCACCUUUUAACUUGGUAUGCAUAUGCAAACAAUUGUUUUGUCAGAAUGUGAGGAGAUUGUGGUUAAAUAGGACAACCCAGCUUUUUUCGUUUUAUUAGUGAACCACAGUUGUAACUAUUACAGCAGAUUGUCUACCUUGUAGAGUACGUGACCAGAGGCAACUGCAAAUACAUAACUUUUUAUUAUUAUUUUGUUUUCCCGUCAUGCAGGUACCCAGACACUCCUGCAUGUACUUCAUAAAGUUCACAAUUAGAGUCCUUAACCAAAACAAUCCUCCCUCAAAGAGUACCAUCUGUAUAGAAAGCUGUGUGGUCUGGUGGUUAAAGAAAAGGGCUUGUACAGGAGGUCCCUGGUUCAAAUCCUGGCUCACUCACUGACUCACUGUGUGACCUUGAGCAAGUCACUUAACCUCCUUGUGCUCCAUCUUUCGGGUGAGAAGUUGUUGUAAGUGACUCCAGCUGAUGCAUAGUUCACACACCCUAGUCUCGGUAAGUCGCCUUGGAUAAAGGCGUUUGCUAAAUAAACAAAUAAUAGAAAAAUAAACCCUUUUGUAUCUAUAUAUCUCCACUCUACUACAGCCUCACUUGUGUUGGUACCUUAUUUAUAUAAUUGUUGUUCAAAGUCAAAUUUUCUCUUCUGUACCUUUUUGGGUUACCUUUUCUUCGCCUCUCGUCUAAGCCUUACUCUUGACGUUCAGGUUUUUACAUUAAUCUGUAUUCUCCCUGUAUUGAACCAAGGAGAGCCUUUUUCCUGCUUUCAGGUUGAUGUACUGUAUAAGCGGUAUGUUGUAUAUUGUAUGAUACACACCUUUUGAUCUCAUAUGUAAAUUUGUAUCAAUUGCUGACUAACAGCAAAUAUUGUAUUUAAUUGCUUAUAUUCUGGCUGUGAGAUCAUAGAUGUUAAACUGCAUGGAUGUAUCUCUGCAGAAUGAACUAGCAGCUGUGUGAUUUUUACACAAAAUAAAAACAUCACAAUAUUUUA